AUGGGGUUGGGGGAAAAAGGGGAAGAGGAAAGAAAGGACAGGAAUCCUCCACCACUGGAGCAGCAUGAGGAGAAAGAGGAGAAUGAGGAGUUGCCAUUUGUAGUGAAUGCAGAGCGUGGCGCUGCCAAGGGAGUCCAGAGGAAGAGGAAAAGGGGGCGGAGUCCACCGGGACCAAAACAAUCCUGGUGCCGUUUGGAGCCAACAGAAGACUUUCGGCUCCUCUUGGGAAGCACGUCUUCACUCCCGGGCUGCACUUUGACCUUUAGGACGCAAGCACAGCGGGUCGGGAAGCUGUUGACCUUGGGCACGCGGGGUGACCUUGGGGACGAGGAAGCGCGUCUCAAGAGGCUCCUCCCACCGCUGCUGCCGCUCGGUGGCGAAAGCGAGUAUUGCAAGGCUGCGUCUACAGGCGGGGUCAUGGACUUCCUGUGUUGGGGGGUCACCGCACUGCUGUUGUUCUCGUCUCUCGACGCCGUCCGGUGCGUGUCCGUGCACAUCUCCAACGAGGGUCCCGUCUACGUCAUCCCGGGCUCCGCCCUCCUGCUCCGCGCACGCGUGGAGUACGGCCCCCUGGAAGCGGUGGCAGAGGUCGCCUGGGAGCGGGAGCCAGAGAGCGGCGCCCCCGAAGGAAGGGUGAGGCUGGCGGCGUGCCCGGGGGGGAGCUCCCGGUGCACGGGCGCGAGGGCCAACGUGCGCGCCAGCGUGGAAGGCCACGAGAGCGUCCUCCACCUGAGCGGCUACGGCAGAGCGGACGGGGGCGUCUACGCCGUUACCGUCACCGACCACGAGGGGGCGACCAGCACGGCCCGAUGCGUCGUCAGGGAAUACGAGGCCGUGCACCACGUGACGGUCAGCAUCAACGCGUCGCACUCGGCGCUGGUGUGCGGCGAGGCGUGGGGGACGGAGCCUCACUUCAGCUGGCUGCACGAGCGGGCCGCCGUCACCCCCGCCGUGGGGGCGGUCUCCGAGGACGGGAGCACGCUGGUGGUCACCAAGGCGCCGCUGUGCGGACACUUCACCUGCAUCGUCAGCAACCGGCUGGGCUACAGCGCCGCUACCUACACGGCAGCACCGUGUGAAACGGGCGCCAUCAGCGGGACCACGCUGGCGCUGAUCUGCUUGUUUCUCCUGCAGAUUGUUGGAGGAGGCGUGGCCUUUCUAGUGUGGAGGAGGAAGAGGAAGAGAGGAGGAAGGCAGCACGAGCGUUUGGACGAGCGUCUUUGAAAAAACGACAAGCUGCUGGCAGAGGAAGAGGAAGAGGAAACGGGCACGGCCGGACAGGAAGUGACCGGGGAUGUGGCGGCGUCGUACGGCUGUCCCGGUGCUGGCGCUGCAACGUACUUCAUCCUGUUCGUCUUGUACACAGGACGUGUAUUGGACGUGUAUUGGAGUACACGUCUUACAGUAACACGUGAUACCAGGAAAGCAAUAAGUCAUAUUCCCAAUAAAAUGAUCGUCAUUCCUGAUGGAGAAACUAUUGGAUUUGUGAUUUAGCACUUGGACGUUCAUGCAAGUGUAAAAAGAAGCUGGUACUCAGGAGAGCUGUGAUGAGGGUGGCCCGUGUUGUACUGAGCAACCAGGACAGAGACGUCGGGGUUACCAAAGUAAAGCAAAGCAUUUUAUUGCAAGUUAGUCCAAAGGUACACUUCAACCAGAAGCAAAGGCAACACCAACAACAACAAAGGCCGACAAGAAGAAAGUUCCAGAAAGAAAAGACCAGGCA